UAAUUAAAAACGAAUGUUAACAUGAUUAACAACAUCAAAAAUAAUAAAGGAUAUAAACACAGUCAUUCUUGUCAUUCCCUUUGGCUAUUCAGAUAAUGUCGGAUUUCUUUGAAUUUUAUUUGAGCAUCAAACCAUCAAUCACGGAGCUAGACGUUCAUGUUGAAAUAGGAAUCAAAUGGUAUUCACUCGGGAAUCUUUUGGGAUGCGAGACUGAGACUUUGGAUCAGAUUGAGGCGGAACAGGACAAAGAUGACAAGCACAAGACCAAAGAGAUGUUUCAGUUGUGGCUGACUGGUCCAGUGUCUAGGAAGAAAGUUCUAGAAUGCUUGAGAAAAAGAUUAAUCGGAGAGAAUGAUGUUGCUGGGCACUAUGAAUCAUACCUUAUAAAAGGAAAAGCUUUCAGGGAUGGACAAUUUGGUACAGCUGCUUAAUGAAGCAGCCAAUAAUAUCUUUCAGUCUCAUUUUGCAGCGAUGAUAGAGCUAUUAAAGGAUCCUGUACGAUCAUCUCAAGUAAUGUACAGUAAGAGAAUCAUUGGUGAAGCUACACUAGACGUUAUGGAGGAACCAGUAUCAGAUGAGAUGACACUUGAUGACAAAAAGGAAUCUCUGCUAGCUACCAUUGAAGAGGAUGUGUCUAAUAAUUACAGGAAACUCAAGGAAUUUGGCAAAUUUUUGACCUCAUCAAACGAAUUUAAAGAAAUGGGAGAGAAAAUACUAAGAGAAUAUGCUCAGUACAUAUCUGAGAAAGACAAGCAAUUGCUGCCGCAGGAAAGCAUUGAGAGAAUUACAAAUAUGGCUAGUGAAAUUCUGAGGGAUAAUUAUGAAGCUUUGUCCCUUUCAAUUGACGAGCCUUUUCAGCUUGCUUCUUUACUAGAUCCACAGUUAAAUGAGAAAAUCCUUGGGAAGGUGGAGUUAUACCGAAGCUCUUUAGCUGUUAGCAUUGGAAUUAUCCUGAAAGCUGUUCGAAGUGCUGUUCAUGAAUCUAGUGAGCAUUUAGAGCUAUUGGUAUCUGCACUGAGAAAAUUUGAAAAGACAGUGCCCAUUGCUGACACCAUAUUUAAGGAAUACAUUCGCAGAGAUCCCGAACAAGAUAGCAAGAAAGAAGUGGAUUGCUAUAAUGAAACUUUGUCAUACGGAAUGCAGUCUGUAACAUCAACAGGAUGUGGUGGUAGAAUAUAUCUUCCACCUGGAACAAAUGAAAAAUUCACUAAGAUGCGCAUUGAUUUUGGUGCUACAUUUUUUCAAGUUAGACGAGAAAUAGAAAAAAAGAAACUAGAUCCAGAAGAAUUGAAAUUGCUACUUCGUGACUGUUUGCCUGAUUAUAAGUCACAAUUCUCCGACAAAAAUUUUAAAAGCAUUUUCGACAUAUUAGAGCUAGUAAAAGAGAAGUGUUCACUCGUAAAUAUUCAUUGCUUGAAAACCAUAGUAAAAAUAUUUAAAAUAAAAAAAGCUAUGGUUAUUAUCAAAAAAUACGAAGAACAAGUUGAUGUUUUUUGUGAGGCAAUGACUAUUGAUUUGUGUCUUGAUCAAAAAUUUGAGGUAGUGCGACGUCCACAGCCACUUUUGUGUGAAAAAUUGACCUUUAUUCUUAAUUGGGAACCACAAGACUACUCCCUAAAAGAUGUCAUGGAUGUACUUACAAAAUGCACCAGCGACAGCAGUAUUAAUGUUCAAAUUACAUGUAUGAUUGAUACGAUUGGGAAGUCCAAUAGCAUAGCUGUGGACUGCUAUAUCCCAAUGAGUCAGGCAGGGUAUGUAGUUGCUAUAGUCUUUCAAAAAGUCAAACAUGCACAAGUGAAAGCAUUGAGUCGCUUAAUCUGGAGAAACGUACUAGUAUGGGAUAAACACACCACUACAAGUGAUGAGGACAUAGACAAAGUUGUCGAGCAAGAAAAAGAACGUGCAAAGCAAAUGAAAGAUGUCACAGAAGAAGACAUUAAAAAAGACAUAGAAGAAGAAAAAGCAGGCAAAAUUUACAUUUAUGAAGCUGGAAUACAGUUAAAUUCACCACUUGCUUGGCAGUGUGAAAAUGCUCUGGGCCAGCUGUCUCAAGAUCAUCAUGAGGUUCAUCUCUUUUACUCAUCUUCCAAGAUUGCUCAACUCAUCAUUAUGAAUCUACACACAAAGAGAUCAGUGACAAAACUGGGCAUAUAUCGUACUCCUAUCUCAGACGAAUGUGCUACAUUCCUGGCUGAUGCUCUGGCUGAAAAUAAAAUCCAAGAGCUACAUGAAUUGACUUUAUUUCUUACUCCAAUGAGUGAAAGUUCACUCAAUAUCAUACUCCAAUCGCUUCAAGAGAAUUCAACAUUAAACCAUUUCUAUAUUCGCGACACAUCUAUAUCUAGGUCUGUUAGUAGGAACACUGAAACUUUGUUGGCUGCAUUUCUGGAAAAGAACACUACAUUAACUAAGGUGUAUCUUUAUGCAAUAACCCUGUCAGAGGACUUUCUUCCAAUACUUUUUGACAUGGUAGCUAGAAGCAAGGCACACCUAACAUUAGAUCGUGAAAACAAAGAGGCAGUUGCAACCUUCCCAGGCUAUGGAAGUAUCAUGGACAGAAUACACUUUAGCAUGUAGUUUUUUAUAGCUUUCAUAUUUGAAUUUAUGUUUUAGCAUGUAGUUUUUAUAACUUUCAUACUUGAAUUUAGAAUUAAUUUAUAGCUCAAGACAUAA